AUGAAUGGGUUGGAAUGGGCAGCGGCCGAGUGUGAGAAAUGCCCCACAAUUUGUUAUUUGCCGCCUCUCACCGCUCAAGGCAGUGAGGAAUGGAAUUUCUAUUUCCACCCAGGUGUACCCAGUUUCAUUCAUCGGCUGCUGAUUCUCACCACCACGUAUAUUGAAAGGCAAUCCAUGUCUUCUUCAACUUCAUCAUCCUUUUUUCGGGUUAAUCAGUUCGUCCUGAAGGCUUGGAGGCAACUCAAUUCUCAAUGGAACAAACGAGGAAAAGAUAAUCAGUCUAUCCAAAUAUGCCAGCAGUCAAGUCACGAAUUCGUCCAUGGGCGGACUAUCAGUGCAUGGAAUGUGAUAAUUCUCUCGUUCUAUUCUCCCUCCUUUCCUUUCACAGGCGCGUUUGUCCUUUGGGGUGGUGACGUGAUGUCGGACUCCACCUCGCACACAUUCAAUCCUUCCGCGUAUGUCAAGGGAAGAGCAGUGAACAAAUCCUGCGUGCAGGAACACGAGCGCCCACCACCAACCCUUUGUCUCUCCCCAUCCCCAACAACCUACGUAGGCAAUUACAUUCGCUUGCGAAGAAGUCUCCUCCAGUACGGAGUGAAACUGCAACUGGUGUUAUCAUCAUCCUCACCCGUUGGAGCAAAGCUAACGAAUGCACCGACAAUGAGAGGGGCUGAUGAACUCCUUUGCAUCUCAACUGAAAUCCUCCUUUCACCACCUGUUGCUGGUAAACGAACCACGUGCACCGCAUUGCCUUCAAGUUUAGGCAUAAAUAUCGGUGAAAAUAAAGAUCGGAUUCGCUCACUUGUCAAUGUGUCAAGGUUAAGGUCUUUAAAAGAGGUUGAAGCUGCUUCAUCAGUUAAGGCCGCAACUGCAAAGCCAGCGGAAUCAUCCACCAACCAGACCGACGGUGGUAGCAGUGAGGGGGUCCUAAUCCCAGCUAAAGGUGUGAGUCGUCAUACUAAGAGCGAACAAUUCUCCAUAGUAGGCUCUGAGGCUCCAUUGGCAUCCGCCGUGGUGACCAUCUUUGAUGUGGCCCACUACGAGGGUUCCGGUGGCGACGUUGAGGUUACCUUAAAAUACAGCCACCGUCCAGGUACAUAG